UUUAGCACAGACAUCCUGGGUUUGAGGAUUUUUCUGUUGCAUGGUCUUGACAUAAACAAAAAGCAGGAUUAGAGGAAGGGUGGGGGGCUCCUCUCAUCUUUGUGCAUACUAUGUUGGACUCAGAGAUGUGAAGGUGUCUUCAGCACUGUCUCACUCCUCCCUUUCAAAUCCAGAGUCCCACUCAGCUCUACCAAGGAUUACUGCUUUUCUUUCAGCUGAAAACAUCUGAUGAAGAUUGCAAUACGAAUCUGCAAGGAAGACCAACUUAUGUUCAUACAUCUUCACUUUAAAGUGAUCGUUUUCAUCGUGUGAUUGAUCUGAGACCUGUUUUAAUUGGAGUAAUGCCUCUGUGCUGGAGUAGAAGCUUCUGGUUUCCAUUGAUGUUUGGUGCCAUGCUGGUUGGUCUCACUUCUGUUUACGCUGGACCAAACCAGGACAGGAGGCCGGCUCAGUCAUCCUCAUGCUUUGGAGGCUUUGAUCUCUACUUUGUUUUGGACAAAUCUGGGAGUGUACAGAACCACUGGAAUGAAAUCUACCACUUUGUUGAACAUCUAGCACAUAAAUUUAUAAGCCCACAGUUGCGGAUGUCCUUCAUUGUAUUCUCCACUGAGGGACAGACCUUGAUGAGCUUGACAGAAGACAGGGAACGUAUUCGUAAAGGUCUGGAGGAGCUCUAUGCAGUUCGACCAGGAGGAGACACUUUCAUGCAUGAGGGCAUCCAGAGGGCUAGUGAGCAGAUUUACUAUGGAAACACAGAAGGUUAUCGCACAGCCAGUGUUAUCAUAGCUCUGACAGAUGGAGAGCUGCAUGAGGAUCUUUUCUUCUAUGCUGAGAGGGAGGCCAACCGCUCCAGAAGUCUGGGUGCCUCGGUUUACUGUGUAGGGGUGAAGGACUUCAAUGAGACACAGCUGGCAAAAAUAGCUGAUAGCAAAGACCACGUCUUUCCUGUAAAUGAUGGAUUUGAGGCUUUGCAAGGGGUCAUCGAUUCAAUCCUGAAGAAGUCCUGUAUUGAGAUUCUGGCAGCAGAGCCCUCCAGCAUCUGUGCAGGAGAGUCCUUCCAGGUGGUGGUGAGGGGAAAUGGAUUCCUCCACGCCCGAAAUGUUGACAAAGUCUUGUGCAGCUACCGAAUCAAUGACACCUUAACUAAGAUGAUGAAGCCUUUGAUCGUGGAAGAUACUUACCUUCUCUGCCCUGCACCGGUGCUCCAGGAUGAGGGGAUGGCAGCAAACCUCUUUGUCAGUAUGAAUGAAGGUCUCAGUUUCAUCUCUAGUUCAGUCACCAUCACCACUGUGAGCUGUUCUGAUGGAACCAUCCUGGCUAUAGCUCUGCUCAUCCUCAUGCUGCUCCUGGUCUUGGCUCUCCUCUGGUGGUUCUGGCCGCUCUGCUGCACCGUGAUCAUCCAUGAGCCGCCACCCCCAGCUGUGGAGGACAGUUCGGAUGAUGAGGAAUUUGAAGUCCCUAAGAAGAAAUGGCCAACUGUUGAUGCCUCUUACUAUGGAGGAAGAGGAGUGGGGGGAAUCAAAAGGAUGGAGGUUCGCUGGGGUGAGAAAGGCUCCACUGAAGAAGGAGCUAAGCUGGAGAAGGCUAAAAAUGCCAAAGUGAAGAUGCCUGAGCAGGAAUUUGUGCUGCCUCCGACUCGGGUUCUCAACAAUGGCAUGCGCAAACCCCCAGAGCCACGCAAGUGGUACUCACCCAUCAAGAGCAAAUUGGAAGCAUUGUGGGUGCUUUUAAGAAAAGGCUAUGACCGUGUAUCUGUGAUGAGACCUCAUCCGGGUGAUAAGGGAAGAUGUAUGAACUUCACCCGCAUCAAAUCUCCCCCUCCCCGCUACCCACACUUCAAUCAUCAAUCUUCUCCCAUCUACAAUCCUCCUAGUGGGAGUCCUCCUCCACCACAGGGUACCCUUCCCCCAACUCCCAGCAGCCCACUAUCAUUUUCCUUCUCCACGCUUCCAUCGCUUCCUCCAACACCUCCUCCCAUUUCCACCACUCCUUCCCCUCCCAUCACUCCUCCUCCUUACACACCACCUCCCAACCGGGCUCUUCCUCCGACCACCAUGCACAUACCUGCUCCACCAGCGUUGCCACCCACCCCUCCACUUUGUUCCUCUCCAGUUGGCCCUCUGCCUCCUCCGCCACUGGGACCUCCCCCUGGAAGAGCCCCUCCACCUGCCCGACCACCACCUCACCCUGGCCUGUAAAGCUUGAGCAGGAGACAUUAGUGCCACACAAAACUGAUAAAGGCAGCACAGAAUGUCAGCAGCGUUAAGCUUGUAGCCAUUGUUGACUGUGGCUGUCAUUGAGGAACAGUUAGUGCCUUCUGUCAUGCUCAGUGACCUGUGGCUUUUUCAUAUUGUGAAGAGGAGUAAUGAGAACUUCUUUUGCUAUUUGUCUACAGUGACUUGUACACAUCUAGCCCAACAGUGCAAUUACAAAGAUGCUUGAACUACACUCCACAGACAUUCCAUGUAAAAGAGGUCAUGCAGACCAGCUCCAAAACAUUUGUGUCCAUGUUUCUCAGAGGUGCCAGAGGCCCUAUUGACCCCUUCAUGCCACUCAAGAUUGGAUGAACCAAGCAGGGGAUCAGCAGCUUGUACUAAUGCACAGAAGCACAUCUGUAUUCAGAAUGGUCAUGACCCAAAAAUACACUUUCAUUCACUUCCAAUGUAACAAUCCUGAUAAAGGAUGGGACUUCUGCUGCAAAUGUUCACCAUAAAUUACAUUUAAAGUUUUUAUUUUUAUUUUUGAAUGUUAAACAACUGCAUGCAAUAAUGCUUGAGAGUUUUUUUCCCCCUUUUUAUAUCAAAUUUUUAUACUGUUUCAUAUAAUGUAAAUACACUUAUUUGUAAUUUUUAUUUUUGGGUAUACUAUUUUUUGCAGACAGAAAGUGGCACAAACGCAACAUGCAAUGUGAAACUAAUCUUUUGUUCUAAAAACAUUAUCUUAAAACGUUUACCUGCACAAAGGGGCAUAUAUUAAUUUAGUAUGCAAUCCAAUGCUCCUUACACCGAGCUUAUUAAAUUAAUUCUUUUUGGGUUCUAAUGAGACCAAGUACUUACUCCUAUACUUUCCUAAUUUAGCCACUUGAUAGCUGAGGGCACAUUUGGUACAUGUUGCAGCCACGCUGGUGCAAUACCUGCAGAAUGUGGUUUUGUAAUGCAUUUCUGAAAUAAGCAACAAGCAGUCAUCUGGAUGGCAGCAUAUGGUGCUUCAAAACCUAUUCAGUAUUGUUCAAUAUUAAUGGUGCAUUCACAGAUGGGCAAGCUAUAGUACACAUGCCAUGUUCAAAAAUGUACAGGCUUUUAAACUGCACAGACAAGAUGGUUCCUCUCAACUUUAGCCAAGAGUAUGCAAAACCCAUGUUUUGGUUUGUUUUUUAUUUACAUUUUUCCUUUUGCAGGUAGACUUUUAACUUGCAUUUGUACAGCAAUGAGUUGUGUUAUUCCCAAAAUACUCAACACAGAGUCUGUUCUUGACAAGCUGAUCAAAUUAAUUUGAUGUUUCAUCAAGUGUUUAUUUAAUUUUUUUUAAAAAGAUUAUAAACUUUUUUUUAACCAAAAAAUGUGUCUAAAUUUGAACUAUAUUUUCAAUCUGCCAUAAGUUUAUAUUGUUUUGCAAAUCACUGCAGUCCUUUUUAAAAAACUUCAUUAUUAUUAUUGACAGUGUUUCAACUUUUUUUGAAAAUAAGAUUGUAGGUUUGAAGUUUUAAAUAGAUUUGCUGACAAAGAUAUGCACACUAAGACAGCAGUGGAAAAAAAAGUCUGACCUGUAUAUCAUAUUCCACCACCCUAAUGAAUCAUAACUGCCCUUUUCUCUGAGUAAACAAUGAAUUAUGAUGUUUGGCUUUAUUCAGAUGCAGAUAAAUGUCUCAGAAUCAGGGAAAUGCUUUGCACACUAUUUGUCUCACCCAUCCACAGCUUCUAGUAAAGUUUCAUGUAAAUGUUUUAACACUGUGUGUUUAGGUAUGCAAGUGCUUGUGAGUUACAGAAAAUAAAUGAGUCUAGUGUUAUGUCAUGACAGCAGAUCUUACAGUUUCCAGCUAAAUGCAAGGAAAGAAUUUGUAGAAACUAAAAUGAUUAUUUCUCAAGUCUCCAGAGUGUUCAUCUUAAGUGUAUUUUAUGUCAUUAUGUUAGGAUAUAUCCAUCCAGGGUGAAUCAUGACUCUUGAAGGCAGCCAGGGUAGGCUCCAGCCCCCAUGACUCUUAAUAGGAUAAAAGAGAAUAUAGAAAAUGGAUGGAUGGAUGUUUGGAUAUAAUAAGAAUCUGUAUCCACCGAAUUGAAUACAAAACCAUCCUAUUUAUUUUAUUUAACAUACAAAAAUGACAUUGCCUUGGACUCUUUUAGUGAAGAAAAGCUGUUUGCAAAAAAGCACAGGGUCAUUCUUUGGGUUGGGUAAAACAGAAAGAGAGAGAAAAAAAAUAUGCAGUGCAUGUUUAACCAAUUCCAGAUGUCAAUAUGUUGCAUUAUGUCACAUCCAAGAAUGGAGUGAUCUAUGUUGGAAAAUAUUAGACACUAUCUAAUCCUCAGGAAAUGUGGACAAGCUGCAAAAAAGGCGUGCUGAUACUGAUUAUUAAUGACAUAAUUCAGGGACAGCUGAGGCAACAGAAAGAAAUGCUACACUAUUGUUUUGCACUUGGUAAUUUUUUUUUAAACAUUUUGCUUCAAAAUCAUCAGAAACAUCUUCGCUCUGGACUAUUUUCAGUUGUUUUCCGACAUCACAGGAAUUACAAGAUGUCUUGACUGACAACAGCUUGUGUUUCUACUUGAGAGCACAGAUGUUUAACAUAUACAAAUACUGCAUCACAUAUUCAUAUUAUGCAGAAAUCUAUAAAACAAAUAGCCAUAAUAAUUUAUUUUUGUCUAAAUUUAUCAUAAACUAUUAUUUCAUGAACUCAAAGUCUGCAACUAAGGACUAACAGUCAUAUUGUGUAGUUUUGGUUUAUUCCAGCACAAAUUAAUGUCUGCGCCAAACCAACCUUCACUCUGACUGGGUGAGAUAAUUGGAAACAGGUUGAUUCAUUCAGUUAAAUGUUACACACUGAUUUUAUCCCACUCAAGGCACCUUGAUUAAAGCUGUUGCAGCUCGAUUGCUGGCAGCUGCUAGAGGUGUGAUUGCUGCAGAGAGAAUAGCACCUGAAAUACUUAACAUGAUUCUCUUUUUAUAAAAGAAAAACAGUCAUGGCGCUCCCCUUACUUGGCAAAAUUAGGUUGCUCAUGUUAAGCGCCAUGGCCAUCUUCAGUAAUUACUCUGCAGCUGCGUGUAAGGCCAUAAUUGUAGUGAGUGUGUGCAAUGAAAUUCUCCUGAAAACUGCACUUGUUCUCACCAACAACUUAGCUGCUUACCUUUCAGUCAUGUUGAAGCUGAAUGCAUUCCCCAGGCUGAUGCUGGCAGGUGUGCUCUCCUCACAAGAGGUGUUGGACCAACAAGUGUUCUCAAGCUGCUCCACCUGGCCUUCAUCACAAACUUCCAGAAACAACAGCUGCUCAUGUCUUUGCUGUGGAGGAAGAAGAGCUGUGCAGAGGUUGAAGUCGGUCCAAGCAGUGCUGUGCAUCCUGCCUGCAAUCUUCCAGCAUUCGCUGUUGGUUUGUGUGACCACCCUGGCCAUCAUCCACUUUGCACUGUCAGUCCUGACAGCUCUUUACAGCAACAUCAGGCCCAUCGUCUCCACGUUUAUGGUUUUAGGGGUCUGCGCCAGACCAUCAGUGUCAAUCUUCCAGACACUUGGUACUGUUUCCAAUCUUUGGACAAUUUAAUCACCCCCUGUAUAUGUGUACUUAAAUUCUCAAGCAUAUAUUUUAUGGUAAAAAGAAACAAAACCUAAAAGAACUUUUAAUGGUAGCUCAAAUGUAUAUGUUAGAAUAAAUUUCAACUGUUUAUCUAAAUAAAAUGAUGAAACCAACAUUUAAGUAUUUGUUUCUAUCGAUAAUCCAAUAACCUUGGACACUUCAGGAGAGCUGCAUUUCACACUUUAUUGCAUCAGAAGAACUCAUAGCAUCCUACUCCUGGUAACUUAACAGCUUCAAACAUAUGGUACAAGUAUUUGGUGUCCUGUUCUUUCUCAAUGCAUCCAGUUGAAAUAGGAAAAACAGAGCUGAAGAUUAUGGGUUACAGAAGUACCUGUGACAACAUUAUCCAUUUUUACAUCCCUUUCACUGGCUCAGAAGCAGCUUAAUGGGGAAAAGGGUAGUUUAAAGAAAAGAUCCAGGCUUGAUU